UAUUAUUAUUAGUUUAUGUGUAAUCAUAAAUUUAGUUUAAUGUUUUUGUAAUUAUUACUCAACAUUGCAAAAUGUUACAAAGUUUAAAUGACAUAAAAAGCAAUAGUAUUGAUAUCUGUUUUCGAGUUGUCAGUGUCUUAUUAAAACUCCUUGAUGAUAUAAUAAAUCAUCCAUAUCAACCAAAAUUCAGAAGACUCUACUUGAACGGCGAUGUAAUUCAAAAUGAUCUUUUACCAUUUUCUGGUGCAAUGGAAUUUCUUUUUGAAAUUGGGUUUAUAGAUGAUGGAAAUUCUUUAGUUUUGCCAGAUAGUAUAAGCUUAAAUACAUUAAAUAACUGUAAACAACAACUUAUGAACAUAAUUCCUGAACAUCAAAGGCUUAAUUUAAAUGAAAAUAAUUUCUUAAAAGAAAUUAAUUCAACAUCAUUGGCUGUACUUAAGUUUGAAGAUAAAAUAUUGCAAAGUAAAGCAUUAGAAAAUUUAUCACCAGAAGAUAUUGAGCUAUUUUCUAAUUUCGACAAAAAUGAUGAUCCAUUAUACCAUGAAGAAAUGAUAUUAAAACUUAUGACAUGGUUUAAAAAGUCAUUUUUUAAAUGGUUUGAUACACCAACUUGUCAGUUUUGCUGUAGUUCUACUAAAUUUAAAGGAAUAAAUCGUGAAAAAAUAGAUGAAAAUGUUAAAUAUUCAGAAUUGUAUGAAUGUGAUAACUGUAGUUCAAUCACAAAUUUUAAGAGAUAUGGUAUUUGUGAACAACUUUUGACUUCUCGUCAAGGAAGAUGCGGAGAAUGGGCCAAUUGUUUUACUUUAUUCUGUAGAGCUCUUGGUUGGGAAGCAAGAUUAGUAAUUGAUAAGACUGAUCAUGUAUGGACUGAAGUUUGGUCGGUCAAUCAAAAAAGAUGGAUACAUUGUGACCCGUGUGAAACCGCUUUAGACAAGCCAUUACUUUAUGAAAAAGGUUGGGGGAAAAAAUUAUCAUAUGUUAUAGCCUAUUCUAAUGAAGAAGUUCAAGAUGUUACUUGGCGGUAUGUUGAAAACAGUAGCAGUGUUUUAGAAAGAAGAACACUUUGUUCAGAAAACAAAUUGUUAAAUACAAUUUUAAGUUUAUCAUAUCAUAGACAAAAUAAUUUAUCAUUAUCAAGGCGUAAAUAUAUUGCAGAAAGACGUUUGAAGGAGUGUAUUGAAAUGUUAUUUCAAACCAAAUGUACUGAUACCGAAAAUUAUGGUGGUAGAACGUCUGGGGCUCUUACAUGGAGAUUAGCCCGAGGGGAAAUUCAAAUUGAGAAAUUUGUUUGGACUCCGUCUGAAACUGAAAUAGCCAAUAAAAGAUUUGAACUCAAAUAUUCUACAGCUUUUGAUAAAUAUAUUCAUGGAAAUAGCAUUUAUGAAGGAUGGAAAAGUGGUGUAUAUAGUUAUAGUUCAAUAUUCCGCAAAGAAGAAUUAGAUUGGAAAACUGUUUAUUUAUGUAGAGAAGAAAACUGUGAAAAAUCAACAAUAGAAUGGCGAUUUGACUUUUCUUCAACUGGUUUAGUUGUGCAAGACAUCAAAUUAAUUUACACUACAGCUUUAUUUAAUACAGGUCAAGUUGAAUGGAAGUUGAUCGGAAAUAAUCAUACUGUAAAUCUGCCUGUUAUUAAAAAUAUCGAAGAAGUCAUUGUUGAUCAAAUGAAUGGCUCUAAUUUUGUAAUAUUAAAUGCAAGUUUAAAUGGAGGAUCCGGAGACUUGGCAUGGCAACAUUCUCAGAUAUUUAGACAGUCGAUAAAAGAUCAAGACUAUCCAUUUCAUAUUGUAUUUAUUCUUAAAUAAAUAUUUUGCAUAACAAUAAAAAUAUAAUUACUUUUAAUUUAUA